AGGCCCCUAAAAAGUCAAUGCUAUGGCGAUUUCUUUUUUGCAAUGCUGGCGUUGUCAUGUGAUUACUUGCCCCUUGAUGGGAAGGCUGUCAAGAUGAAUAACAACUAUGGCUCCUGCCAAAAGAUAGGUUUUGUAGGUACUUACCGCGUAGUAGUUCUAAACAAGGCUGUGUUUCUGUGAUUGAAGAGCAUUUCGUUUCUUAUCCAUGAAUGGUUUUACGUUUACCUCUUCUGACAUUUUUACCUUCGCGACCUUUGUUGUAUAAGCCAUGCCUAUACAACCAGAUAUCGAAGCAAAGAAUUAUGAUUAUCAUUAUGUAAAAGCAAGAACUGCUGCUGUUUGCCGUUGUUAGGAGCUGGCGCGGUCACUGUUUUUUUUUCCCAUUUUGAUACAACUCGUCCCAUUGAAGAACAGUUCACACUGUAUAGAACAAUUCACACUCUUGGUUUGAGUUUGACGCAUUUUCCGGGUACAAAUUAUGGAUCCAGUUCCGGUGAUUUUUGCUACGCAGACGGGGAUCAGCGAGGAAUUCGCCCAAAAUUUAGAGGAGGAGAGCGCGGGCAAGAAAGUUCCCUUUGUCGCCACGAGUGUUACCUCAGUUGCUGUGGAUUCGCUAAGGGAAACGAAACUGGCCGUGUUCAUCUGCUCCUCGCACGGCGACGGAGAUCCGCCGGAUUCCGCCUGCAACUUUUACAACGCCCUGACGGGGGAGCGGAACAAGAAAGCCCUGGCCCACCUGCGGUUUGCGCUGCUGGGUCUGGGGGACCAGAAUUACAUGCAGUAUCAGGGCUUCCCCAUCUCGCUGCAAUCCGCUCUGGCCGCUUUAGGGGCAACCUUGGUGUACGUGCGCGGAGAGGCGGACAACGCCGGGGACAUCGACGAGGACUUCGAAAACUGGAAAAACAAUGGGUUCUGGGACUGCUUGGAAAGUGAAUACCAAAAGUGCGGAGGUAUCACAAGGAAAAAUCCCCCCUCCCCAUAUCAAAAGGAAGUUUCUGAUGCUGGAUUUGCGUAUACGCGUCAGGUCUGUCUUGCAGUAGAGGAAAGCAGGCUCCUGCCCAGCCUGAGUAGAGAGGUUUUGGCCUAGGCGCUCAGCAUGGGAAACGUCUAUGCUGUGGGCCCAACAGCAUCACAAACCGCCUGCGUAAUGCGGCGGAGCCUGUGGAGUUGUCUUCUUGCAAGACAGACGCGAUUUGUUGUCUCAAAUCAGCAAGACAAAUUUUCGGAAGCAUACCUUUUCGAUAUGGGGAGGGGAGAUUUUUCCUCUCAAUAGGAGGGAAGCCUUACUUUGAGGAAGAGGACAGCUCGACCGAAAUCUCGACGGCCCCGAAUUCGCAGAAUCAUGCCGACGACACGGACGACAAGAGCGGUAUGGUUUUGUAUCAAGCUGCUUCUCGUCCAGAAAGCAGCCCGCUGAAGAAAAACGACUUCUACGCGGCUGCGGCGGCCGACGACCAAAGAGCUGCCAAAGCAGUUUCAGCGAAAGCCACGCCGGUGGCAUCUCCGGCUGCGUCGCCUGCUAAAGAACCGGGACUUGGCAAGAAGGAUAUUUUCGCCGUGCUAACGCCGCCGGCGAAUAACAAAGUUGUUGCAACUACAUCUAGCCCGAGUUGUUCCAGCAUCACCUCACCCGUCGGAAAAAGUAUUUCGCCCACAACUUCUCCUCUACUAACGGAGCAGAAGAAUCAAAUACUGAACAAUAGUCGAAGCCGCGUCCAAAAUUCCACAGCUACCGCCGUGAUUUUUGGUCAACAAAAGCACCUGCUCGCGCAUGUCAAUAGCGCUGGAGGUGCUAAGAAGUCAUCAAAGGGUAGUACUGGUGAGAAUAAUCAUCUUUCUGUCGAAGAACUCUUGAAGUCUGACCGCGUUGUGUACUGUGACGAAGCAGUGUUCGUACCCACGAAGGCGGGCGCGUUCGAUGACUCCGAUACCUCGGACUUUGCCCGGGGUCUGUUUGCCCUUGAGUUGCAGAGGGCGUUUGCGCGGAAGGAAACGAAGUAUCCUGAGUAAAAACGUACCCACACCAGAGUUGUAAUGCAGGUUUGCAAAGACAGGAAGACUUGUCAUGCGCAUCCCCAUGAGAGCCAUUUCCAAUCGUGUUUUGGAAUUUGUGAUGCUGUGAACAGGAUGAGCAGCUGGAUUUGUGACGCGGCUGCACUUGCUAACCUGCACUACACUGCAGAGUGCAACUUGUCAUGCGUGACUCACAAAACGGCUAGGUUUGUGCUGCAAAAUCCCCAUCCUGACUCUGGUGUGGGUACGUUUUUACUCAGGAUACGAAGCAUCUUUUCUUCAUCCAGAACGUGGACCAGGUGGCGCGAACCGUUGCGCGGUUACCAAAUGUAAAAAUGUCUGGGUUUGGAAGAAUGCAACUUGUAAUGCGUAUUUCAGAACACAGAAACGUCUCUCAUGCAUACGUAGCAAAAGCUCCCACUUUUUGCCAGCAAAAUAGGGGACUUGUCAUGCGGAUUCGGCAUUGCGGAAGGUUCUCGAAACCUGUGAUGCUAGAGCUUCCAUGCCAGACCUUCUGUGUCAUGCAAAAACAGCAUGACUCUUCCAGACCCAGACAUUUUUACAUUUGAUAGCGGUCGCUCGUUGACAAAAGCUUUGGGUUUCCGGAAACGCAUUUCGCGCACGUCUCCGCGUGCGUGUUGAUGACCGAGAGGCAACAGGACGCAAACACGACCGCGAAGAAGCUCGUCUCUGUGUUGGAGAAACUGAACUGCAAAGUGUUCCGCGCGGCAAGCGUCGCCGAAUUGCUGGAAUACGUCCAGUUCUGCGUGGGCGCGGAUCCGGACCCGGCUGCGGAAAAAAUUGUAAACGAGAAAGAAAAGAAGAAGAACAAGCAGGACAAAGAGCCACAGGAUCGUUUGUUAUCGGCGUCAGCGUCAGAAGCAUCACCCGUCGCGGGCUCGAUGUUUUCGCCACAAAAGAUGUCGAUGAACGUGACGUCGCCGGUGGCGGGACUUACAAUGACCCCGUCCCCACCGCGGGCGGGAUCCAGAUCCACUCCCACGUCCGCGCAACCGAAAAAAGGAUGGGUGCGAAGCGUUUCGCCGCGGGGGAACGUGUACUACUCGAAGUAUCGUGGCGUGCAGUGCAAGGGAGAAGAUGAGAAUUCCCCACAGGAAAAAUUCUCUCCUGGGGCGAAGGACGCUCUUCCGCCGAGUCAGCGAAGUUCCGUGCAGCUUUCCUCCAGGUCUGUUUCCUCCCCGAUCUCGCUGGCGCGGCGCAGCCGAGCGGGCGACUUGGAGGGGUUCGAAGACGCCCCCCUGUCUUUUGAGAACAUGAGCCGGCUCGCGUCGCAGUUGCACGUGGUACUGGACUUUUUGGAGCAGAGCCACGAGCUGGAGACGCGCGCGGUGCAACCACUUUUGGCGGCGAAUGCGGAGGAUCCGCGCCGGAUGGUGCACGUGGAGUUUCAACCGCUCCUCUCCUCGUCUGAGUUCCUUGUCAGCGACAACGUGUCCAUUCUCGCGCCCUCGUCUCCACUAGCGGUGGAGAAGCUGCUUCUAGCCUUGGAAGCAAGUAGUGCGGCCGAUGAACAUGAUGUCGACAACGCGAUCAUGUUGAAGGAGCACGACGUGACAAUCAACGGGGCGGGCGGAGGACCAAACAAAAAAGCUGAAAAAGCGAAGAACGGCACCACCUCCCCUACCGGCACUUCCUCUUCUGUCGCGAUGAAGCGGAAACUGGUCGACGUCUUAAAAGAUUAUGACGAGGGUAAAAGCCAAACCGACCUAGCCCGGUUUCUGAACGCAUUGUUCGUGCAGACAGAGGAGGGCAAGGCAUUGCUGCCACGUCUUCAGAAGAAUGCGCGCGUGGCGGACCUAGACUGCGUCGGCACAUUUCUGGGCUACUGCUUCGCGCUGGAAAACUUCUCUUUUGCUAAUAUCAAGCAGCAGGACCACGCGAACAAAUCAGAACCGCCGUCGCCAGGUACUACUGGCUCGGAGAUGAAGCUGAAUAGUAAUUUUGAGUUUAUGCAAUUCGUGCAGAAGUCCCGUCCCUACACGCUCGUCGGGAAGACAGGGAUCUGUGUGACGCAUCAGUCUUUCGGCCAGGCGUCGACUUUCCUUUGUUGCAACUGUGAAAAGGGAACGAAGGUUUUCGCCAAACUGGUGUCCUCCCCACUGCGGCUGCAGGAUCUGGAGAAGAAAAGCAACGUCUGGAAAUUCCUGCCCAGCAUUGAUGAGAAGAAUGUGGAGCCGCCCCCGCUGCUCAUGAUCGCGACCGGUGCGGGCAUGGGCGUUUUUAUCGGGUGGCUGCAGGAGUUUCUGGGCCGCGAAGAGAAGUGCCCCUUCCACGACGUCACCCUGUUUGCCGGUUGCAGGACCUGGGACGAAGUUCCUUACAGGGGCUUUCUGCACCAGACACUGACGAAGGAGAGUUUUUCUGUGAACUUGGAAAACAAGAAGAUCAUGGACACAACCUCUAAUAUCUUCGAGGACCACAAACACCUACAAGAUGAAAAGAUGACGUCGACGGAUAAGAGAACGAAGACGGAGGACAAUGAGGAAGCAAACGCGUACGCGGUGAAAGACGAAGCUUUUCUGAUCACCAGCAGCGGCACUGAGUUCGGGCGGCAAAAAUUCAAAUUUCACUGGCACCAGGCACUGUCCCGCGAGGGGAAAAAACUAUACGUUCAGAAACUGCUGCAAGUCCACCAGGGUCUGCUUGUGGAAAAGCUUGUGGCGAAAAAAGGAUUUCUGUACUUUUGUGGAGAAGCCAAGAUGAUCAAAGAAUGCAGAGACUUUUUGAAGCAAAUCCUCCCGAAGCAGGUCUUUGACGAGAAGCGAAUCAUCGCGGAACAGUGGGGAACCACCAGGAAGCGCAGCCGCGCCGGCAGUUUAGUUGUGUAGUAGUGCAGCAUCGAUCUCUUCUUUUUAAGUACAACAAUUUUAAGACCUUGUACCUUCCGCUGGCUGUGCAAGCAAGUAGGCAAAAGGUGCUUUUACUUAAAAGCUUUCGCUUUAAUUGCAACUGUAGGUCUACCACAGCCUCAAAACCAAUGUCAUUUUGACCAUAGCAGUUUCUUAUGGCAUAGGACAUUGACAUCAGGAGUAUGUAGGUACACAAAAUGGAGUCGCUUUUUGGUCACGUCGAGGCGAAGUUUCCAGAAUUUUGCGGUG